AUGUCCCUGCUCCCGGUUGCGGUCAUUCCCGCCCGCGCGGUCUCUACGCCGCGCCCCGCGGCCGCGUCAUCUGCCUCGCGGCCCCCCGCGCCUGCUGCUCCUUCCACCACCGACGCCGGCCAGGACCGCCUCCAGAAGGUGCCCAUUUCGAAUAUCAGGAACUUCUGCAUCAUCGCGCACAUCGACCACGGCAAGUCCACGCUGGCGGAUAAGUUGCUAGAGCUUACCGGCACGGUGCAGAAGAGGGAGAUGAAGGAGCAGUUUCUGGAUAAUAUGGACCUGGAGAGGAGAGAGGAUCACAAUCAAAUUACAGGGCAUGUCGAUUUCUCAUAUGAGGUUUCCCGCUCUCUUGCUGCCUGUGAGGGCGCACUUCUUGUUGUUGACGCUUCUCAGGGUGUUGAAGCUCAGACGUUAGCGAAUGUAUAUCUUGCAUUGGAAAACAACCUUGAAAUCAUACCGGUUCUAAAUAAAAUAGAUCUUCCUGGUGCUGAACCUGACCGUGUCGCACAGGAAAUUGAAGAGAUAAUUGGAUUGGACUGCCGUGAUGCAAUUCGGUGUUCAGCAAAGGAAGGCAUAGGCAUCACUGAAAUACUAGAUGCCCUUGUGACCAAAAUCCCCCCACCAAAAGAUACGGCAAAAGAUCCUCUCAGGGCUCUUAUAUUUGACAGCUAUUAUGAUCCAUACAGAGGUGUAAUUGUGUACUUCCGUGUUAUUGAUGGCAGUAUGAAGAAAGGGGACAAGAUAUGUUUUAUGGCCAAUGGAAAGGAAUAUGUUGCUGAUGAAAUUGGUGUACUAUCCCCAAAUCAGAUGCAAGUUGACGAACUAUAUGCUGGCGAGGUCGGUUAUCUCUCUGCUUCUAUAAGAUCAGUAGCAGAUGCCAGGGUUGGUGAUACGAUUACUCAUUAUUCAAAAAAAGCAGAUCAUGCUUUACCAGGAUAUUCUCAAGCCACUCCAAUGGUUUUUUGUGGCUUGUUCCCUAUAGAUGCUGAUCAGUUUGAGGAGUUGCGGGAAGCGCUGGAAAAACUUCAGUUAAAUGAUGCUGCCCUAAAGUUUGAACCGGAAUCUUCUAGUGCCAUGGGGUUUGGCUUCAGAUGUGGGUUCCUUGGUCUUCUCCAUAUGGAAAUUGUUCAGGAAAGGCUUGAGAGGGAGUACAACUUGAACUUAAUAAUUACUGCACCAAGUGUGGUAUACCGUGUGAACUGUGCUGAUGGUGAAACCGUUGAAUGUUCAAAUCCAUCCUUGCUUCCGGAGCCCGGGAAGCGGAGGUCUAUAGAAGAACCAUAUGUGAAGAUUGAAAUGCUUACACCGAAGGAUUAUAUUGGUUCAAUAAUGGAGCUGGCUCAAGAUAGAAGAGGUGAAUUCAAGGAAAUGAACUUCAUCACAGAAAGCAGGGCCAAACUUAUUUAUGAGCUACCACUAGCAGAGAUGGUUGGCGAUUUCUUUGAUCAACUGAAAUCACGAAGUAAAGGAUAUGCUAGCAUGGAAUAUUCACUUAUCGGGUACAGAGAAAGUCAACUAGUAAAACUAGAUAUACAAAUCAACGGGGAUCCUGUCGAGGCGUUGUCAACAAUUGUACACAGAGAUAAGGCAUAUGCUGUUGGCAGGGCACUUACUCAAAAACUCAAGGAACUCAUACCUCGGCAAAUGUUUAGAGUUCCUAUUCAAGCAUGUAUUGGCACAAAGGUCAUUGCGAGCGAAGCCCUGUCUGCUAUCAGGAAGGAUGUCCUAUCAAAAUGCUAUGGUGGUGAUAUAACAAGGAAAAAGAAGUUGCUGAAGAAACAGGCUGAAGGAAAGAAAAGGAUGAAGGCAAUAGGAAGGGUUGAUGUUCCUCAAGAAGCAUUCAUGGCCGUGUUGAAACUGGAGAAGGAGGUUAUGAUGGUAAACAAUCAUGUUGAUACAGAGUUUUGCCAGGCACAUGUACGAAAUUCAUAUGUCAAAGGGCAUCAUUAUGUGAAUAGAGGAAAUGGAACAGAAGAGAAACAAACGAAAGAAACAGAGGAGUUACAGAUCGUUACAGCACGUUUGAAAGAACGUUCUCCAGCGCUGAACUAG